AUGCCAACACCUUUCACGCCCGAGAUGUCUAGACGGAGCGUAAGGGAGCGCAGGUACCCGGCAACAGGCUUUCUGUCGCGAUGUACUCCGUUCCAUGGUAUCCCGAUCCACUAUCCACUGCGGACACAAGUGCGUAUGAAGCUCAAGUUUUCUAAGCUCGGCACAGCAUGGGAGAUCUUUCAAACUUUUUUCGCUUUGCUGGUAUCUGCUGCGUACGUGGUACAAACGUACAUGCCACUAGACGGUCGAGUACCGACAUUUGACGCUGUUGCAAUGGUCGUCUUUUCUGCGGACUAUUUCCUCAAUCUUUACUGCUGCGAAAACCGAUGGCAAUUCAUCACAAGCGUCAACGGAAUCAUGGAUGCGCUUACUAUUUUCCCAGCUCUAGUGGAUCAAAUCGACGAUGGACACAGCAAGUCUUUGCCCUUUAUUCGCUUCGUUCGCGUCAUGCGUAUGCUCCGACUUAUUCGUGUCGUCCGUGUAGCAGGGUCCCAGACAGUAUCUGCCGUACAGAAGCAAGUUUACACUAUUAUCCUACUUACCACGUGCCUUAUUUUCGUCGCCGCUGGAAUUUUUCAUGCCGUCGAGUCCAACGACGGUGCUCAGCCUCAUUUAACCUUCGGUGAGGCUCUUUACUUUAUCGUAGUUACUAUCGCUACUGUGGGUUAUGGUGAUAUUGUCCCCGUCACAUCGGCAGGGCGAGCUGUGGCUUUGGGUGUUAUCGUCGUGUCUUUUACUGUAAUUCCCACCGAGAUCUCGCGUCUCACACAUCUCAUGGCAUUGCAGUCUCAUUUCCGUACAACGUAUCAUCCUUUGGUCGGUAAGCCACACGUUCUGGUCGUCGGACAUGUCAUGGAGCCUCGUUGUUUGUUGAAUUUCUUUCGAGAAUUUUACCACCCGGACCGUGCACUAGGCUCCAUGACCUCAUUUGCCGGUCCAGCGGGUACACAACACGAGGUCGAUCCCUCGGUAGUGGAGCUCCCUUGCGUGAUUGUCGGUCCAAAGGAACCCACUGAAGAGAUCAUUAACCUAUUAGACCAUCCAGUACUCCAGAACCGCGUGACCUACAUCAAAGGAUCAGUCAUGAGUGAAGAAGACAUGUGUCGAGUCGGCGCUGAUGCUGCGCGUGCGUGUUUCGUACUGGCCUCAAAAGCCGCAGCUAAUACAAAACAAACGGAUGCUGAGACCGUGAUGCGUUUACUGGCGAUCCGCAACUACAAUCCGGAUUUGCCAGUGUACACGCAGAUCGUGAGUCCAGUGUACUUGGACUACAUCAGCGGCGUCGACGCUGAUCAAUUAUUGUGCUUAGAUAAGAUCAAAAUCAGUCUACUGGCCAAGAGUUGUCUGUGUCCGGGACUUGUCACGUUGAUCAGCAACUUGUUUCGGUCUACUACACUCGUAAACCACCAGAUCCUCACCAAUUGGGAACAAGACUAUGCGGAGGGGAUGGCACUUGAAGUGUACGCUACCACCUUGCCGUCAGUAUUCCACGGUCUCACCUUCAGUCAAGCAUGCGAACUCCUGUACAACAUCUCGUACGGCGAAGUCAUCUUGCUAGCUAAAACUGUGCCACAACUUCGACGACAGUGUUCGUGGAUGCAUCACGUGGAUCGACCUGCCCAAAUGUUGAGUAACCCAGGAAGCUCAGUGAUCAUGCACUCUGGUCAGUUAGUGUACGUGAUGAGCGAGAGCAAGAAGUUGACACUAACGACGUCCAUAUCGAACGAAUUGAAAGCUUGGCUGGCGAAAGGCAACGUCCUUCCCGCACGAAAAAGUAAACCCAAUUUAGUGCCCAAACGUACAGAAAUGGACGCAAUGCUCAUCGAAGAGGCAGUGUAUCCGUCCACAGACGACACCAUCCGCAACCACAUCAUCGUCGUGUCAGAUCUCGACGUCACGUCCACAGUCUCAUUCGCCCAGAUGUUGCGUUUGGAGCGUCAUGUGCCCGGUAGUAGCGACUACUAUCCCAUCAUCUUCCUGUCGUGGUCUUCAGCUAAACGUGCAGUGGCCACUUGUCGUGAGCUACGCGAGUUCGACGACAUAUUCGUCAUGUUGGCGACUGGAGACUCGAAACGCGAGCUGCUUCGUGCUAAUAUCCUCGACGCCAGUCGCUGUGUCGUGCUUGCGGAUAAAGCAAACAUCCAGGAUAUCGACGGUGAGGCUGUAGACAGUCAAACCAUCUUCCACUACUUGGCGGUACUGUCGAUCCAGGCUGAAUACGGCAUGGACACUACGUCUGGUCUGAUGCCAAUGGUCGAGUUGAAUAUGCCCCGUACGAUGCAGAUUCUCGACUCCACAUUGAAGAAACGUACUGCCACCUCCUACCACGACAUCAAGCGCAAACUCGGUAAGGCGAACGUCGUCAAGAACAUGUACAUGCGCGGCGCAGACAACAUCAUCAGUCUGGACCAACAAGUCAAGCUCAGCAAACGCAUCAACUCGAAGCGAACGCUCAUCAAACGCGAGCUCGAGUCCACUCGACGACAUUACUUUGACGUGCGUCGAUCAGCCUUGCUGCCGUUCUUUGCAGCCGGCUAUGGCUUCGCUGACGACAUCUUCGACAAUAUGCUUUGUCAGAGUUUCUUUACCCCUGGAUUGAUCCGGUUGAUCUACGAACUCCUCUUCUCGGAGAAUGGCCGUCCUGCUGCUUUAUCUGGCAAUGACAAGGCGUUGUCGUCGUGUACUGCGAGUUCGAUAGCGCAGAUCCCAGUGCCGCUGAAGUUUGUGCAAAGAACCUUUGGAGACCUGUUCCUCCACUUGCUCUCCACCAAGGAAAUCGUCGCUAUCGGGUUGUAUCGAGGCACAGACACGCCGUUCCAGUUGCCAUACGUAGCCACGGGGCCAGACAGCGACACAAUUCUGGUCGACGAUGACCUCGUGUUCGUCCUUGCACAUCCAGCUGCUCUUGAUUGUAACAACUCUGAUCGAUGGAGGCAACAAGAGAAGACGAGCCAUAAUCAGGUAAAUUUCUACGAGAGACAAGCUAUCAACACACCGUCAACAGCGGGCGAUCCACGCUUGCCACCGCUGGCAAUUAGCUCCAAGACAACUGCUCUGUUUCGGGGGAACGUCAACAAGUAA